GAAAGGAAGGGCUUUUGUCUGCUCUAGCUCUGGUAUCUCCCAGAUUUAGCCUGGAGUUUCACAGUUUCUGUGUACUUGUAUCCCUUUCACUGAACUGAGGUGCUUAGUCUCCCUGGGAAGACAGGAUCUCAGCAUAGAUCAGCUAGGGAGUAUUUGACUCUGGGGGCCUGCAGGCUAGUAAUAUAUUAGAAUGCCCAAGAACGACAUCAUAAAGCAAGAGUUCCUUUUGUGGGCCCUGCUCUGUGGCCUCUUGGAAUCUAGAUGCCACGGAAAUCCCUAAGCAGAGAUUUUCUGUUGGAUGAUCAAAGCAAGGAAUAAAAAUUGAGAAUUUGGAAAAUGUCUCAACAGUUUCAUUACCAGAACAAUACAAGAGUCACUUCUAGCUCGCUGUUGGAUAAUCCAUCAGUGGCGUUCUGUGCGAGAUUCGGGAAAUUUCAGAGGAGAGAUUCUCAGUGUCAGGCAUUUGUGAAGAGAGUCAUAAUGAGUCGUCUUUUUAAGAUGAUUAUGAUUAGCAUCGUCUCACUGAAUGCCUUUUUUGUGGUCUUGUGGACUGAUUAUAAUACAAAAUACAACUUGUUCAGACUUUUUGAGGUCUCUGAGCUGGUCUUUGUGUCCAUCUAUAGCUCCGAGUUCUGCAUGAAGCUCUACGUGGACCCCAUCAACUAUUGGAAGGAUGGCUACAACCUGCUGGAUAUAAUCAUUAUCAUCACUAUCUUCAUCCCCUACAGUCUCCGCAGAUUCAAGGGCAAGCACUACCCCUACCUCAACAUUGCUGAUGGCAUGCAGUCCCUGCGUAUCCUCAAGCUUAUCACCUAUAGCCGUGGCAUCCGGACACUCAUCACUGCCGUGGGGCAGACAGCCUACAUCGUGGCCUCCGUGCUCUUCCUGCUCUUCGUCCUCAUGUUCAUCUUCGCUAUCUUGGGCUUCUGCCUGUUUGGACUUCCAGACAGGGGUGAUCAGAAUAACUGGGGGAACCUGGCUGUGGCCUUCUUCACCCUCUUCAGCUUGGCCACGGUCGAUGGCUGGACAGACCUGCAACAGCAGCUGGACAGUCGCAACUUGGCUCUCAGCCGGACGUUCACCAUCAUCUUCAUCUUGCUUGCCUCCUUCGUCUUCCUCAGUAUGUUCGUGGGUGUGAUGAUCAUUCACACCGAGGACUCCAUUAAAAAGUUUGAGCGGGAGCUGUUGGCGGAGCGGCACAUGACGCUUAUGGAGGAGAAGCAGGUGAUUCUAAAGCGGCAGCAGGAAGAGGUCAGCAAGCUGAUGCAGAUGCAGAAAAAUGCUGACUACAGAAGUUUCAGUGAGCUGGUAGAGAACUUCAAGAAGACCCUGCGGCACACUGACCCCAUGGUCCUGGAUGAUUUUGGCACCAGCCUGCCCUUCAUCGAUGUCUAUUUGUCCACUCUGGACAACCAGGACACUACGAUCUACAAGCUUCAGGAGCUGUACUACGAGAUCGCGCACGUGUUGAGCCUGAUGCUCGAAGACUUGCCGCAGAAGAAACAGUCCCAGUCCUCUGAAAAGGCUGAUGAGAAGUGGGGGGGGCGUGGGCACCCAGGCACCGAGGUGCCUCGCAAGCCGUGACAGGCCCUCGUUCAACACAGGCUUUCUGAAUUGCCCUCUCUGCAGUUGCUUAAGCUUGUGGUAUUUCCCAGCCAUGGGGGGUUGGGCCUGGGAAGAGCCCAUGAAGUCCGAUUGACUGCCCCCCCCUCAACAUGAUACAGCCAGACCUGGGGAGUAGGGGGAGGGAUGCUCAAGACUUGCCCUUGGCCAGACGCCAUGUCCAGGGGCCACACUGGCUCUCUCCUCCCUUGACCCCAGCAGCGAGGACUCCCUGGGCUCCUGGGAAAGCCACCUGAAGACCCCAGACCAAGAAGGGCCUCCAGCAGCCCCAUAAGCGUAUAUGGCUCCUUUGAGCUGGGGUAGCCUCACUGAUCUUGGAACCUCUUAAAGCUGGGCUCCUCUUUGUGGGUGCCCCACCCCAGGCAGAGCAACAUUUCUCUCUAUGCACCUCCUCCCGUGGGGACCCGUCUUUGGAAGCUGACUGCUUUUCUCUAGGCUCACAGUGGUCGUGAUGCCCCAAAGGGUGCAGGGGGCACCUCCUAGAGGGGUCAAAGGAGCAGCAGUAUUGGGCACUUUGGGCUGUUGGUUAGUUAGGACUUUUCACUUGAAAGGUGGCAUUUUCGGUGUCAUUCCUGGCCACAUGGCUAGCAGAGUUGCGACACUCCCUUGAUCCAGCCAUGAUGGCAUCUUCUGAAGACACGGGGCGGGGCGGGCAGGAUUGGCUGACACCCCUUUGUCCCUGACUGGCCAGGCCAGAGGCCCUGCGGUGCCCCUCUGCUCCCACUGCUGGGGGCUGUUCUCGAGGCCCAUUCCUUUAGCAGGGCCCCAUCUGACAGAAGGAGGACGGAGUUCUGGGCAGAGCUUGGGCGGCGGGAGACACCAGCACCUACAGUUGAGGGAAAAAAAGCCCCAGACCCACAAUGGGGAGUCGGGUCAGCAGAAAACAUGGGGGGUAAAAUUGAGAGUGGUUGGACAAAGGGUCCCCUGUGUGGACCCACGGUCUCCGGGCACAGGUGACAACUCUUCCAAGGCCAUGGGACAAGGGCACUUGGAAACCUUUCCUCGUGGUUUUGUUCAUACAUCCAACUACUAUUUACUGAGCUGGGCUGGGUGCUGGGGGUGCUGUCAUGAAAACCCACAGUCCAGUUCUGGUCCUCUUGGGGCGCUCGGUUAUGUAGAGGAACCAGUAAUCCAGCCAGACUGGAUGAGAGAAAUUUCCCUGAGGAAGUGACAGUUGUUUGCACGCAGAGAGCACGUGUCUUCUAAGAGACUCAAAUCACUGCCAUUUGCAAGUGUUCACACUCACAUCAUGUAAAAACGCGGAGAAACUUGCUCUGGAGAGUGAGACCCGCCACCAUGUUAUCGAGGAGCCCUCCGAGGGCAGGGGCGAUAGCCUCGUUUCCCGAGGCGCAGAAAACUUCA